AUGGCUCGCACCACCGCCGACUACCCCUCCCACGCCUCCCCCGUCAUAUCUCCCGUCGCCCGACCGUCGACAGCAUACUUGGCCAACUGGUCUGACCUCGACGAUGGCGGCGCUCCCACCCCCGGCCUUCCGAAUAAUCUCGUCUCCCCGGCCUUUACUCCACCAGCAACACCGGGCGCAGGCACACCCUCUCGCCAUCUCCAUGUUGAGCCCAAAUCCAUUCCUGUUGACACCUCGCUCGACGACCCGUCCGUCAAGCAACCUCGCCUGGUCGAGAAGCUACCACACGUGGAGUGUCUAGUACGUGCGAGGAUACCCACAACCUCCGGCGCCGAGAUGUUCCUGCAUCUGUACCAAAAUGACUCCGACAACAAGGAGCAUUUGGCAAUUGUGUUUGGCAACGGCAUUCGGAGUCGGAGUCUCGAUGCCGAGAAGCCCGGGGAGACAGAGAUGGAUCGUAUGAUUCGGGGAGCCUACGUGGGACGACUACGACCGGGACGUACGAGUUCGAGGAUCGACCCUUCCGAGCAGAAUAAACGACCACAUACCAAGCGGCUACGAAGCGGUUCGGCGCUGAAGAAUGUGACCACCCUCCCUGAAGACGGGGUCCUUGAGGUCCCUUCUGAGGCCUUGAGUGCUGCCGUUCAGCCUCCGCCAGCCAAGGACGAACAAAACGCCGAACAACCGGCAAAUCAUCAGUCUCCUGCCAGUCUGAACACUCUCCUCGAAAAUACACUUAUAACAACGUCCUCGGCCGGCAAGGCACCCCUCGUCCGCAUCCACUCCGAAUGCUACACGGGCGAAACUGCCUGGUCAGCCCGCUGCGAUUGCGGCGAACAGCUGGACGAAGCAGCUCGACUCAUGUCUCUUCGAAAUUCCACCGGCGGCGUCAUAGUUUAUCUUCGCCAAGAAGGCCGUGGCAUCGGCCUGGCUUCUAAAUUAAAAGCGUACAACCUUCAAGAUCUGGGAAACGAUACAGUAGAAGCAAAUCUGUUACUCAGACAUCCCGCCGACGCAAGAACCUAUGGUCUUGCGACUGCUAUUCUGCAAGAUCUUGGGCUGGGAACGGAUAGCGAUGCGGAAAAGCCAGAGAGCGAACGGGGGAUCAGGCUUCUAACCAACAAUCCCGACAAAGUGAGAGCAGUUGAAGGACCCGGUAAAGAAGUCCGGGUCAGAGAAAGGGUGCCCAUGAUACCCAUUGCCUGGCGAACGGGCGGAAUCAAAGGGGUCAGAGGGGCCGAGAUCGAGAAAUACCUCGAGACUAAGAUUGGGCGAAUGGGACAUAUGAUUCAUGAGGAGUCCUAG